UGAGGGUCAGGGCCGCUGUCGGGGGCGGAGAUUUCUUGGACUGGCAAUGAUCAUCAAAUGGAAAAAAAGUUUCUCCCGCUAUAACUAAGGGAAUGAAUGUUACAGAGUUCAACGUGGAAAGAAAAUCUGCGAAAAGAAGACCCACACCCCCUACUGGCCCGAGCCGUCCAUUGCUGCGGGAGAGAUGAAGGUCAGAGUACCGGAGGACCAAAGGGGCAGGUCUGGAAAGGGGCGGGGCUCCUAUAGUGGGAGGAGCCAAGGCCCUGCCCCCCUCCGUAGGACGAGUCAUUUCCGUCCGCCGAGAAACAGAGAAAGAAGCCGGUGGAGUUGCGGGCAGAGCGCCUCGGGCCGGACUUCCCUGGUCGCAAGUGGCAGGCCGGCGCUAGGGAUGGCCGAGGUGGAGCCCCAGGGCCGCCUGUGGCUGGAGAGCCCCCCUGGGAGUGCGCCCCCCAUCUUCCUGCCCUCGGACGGGCAAGCCCUGGUCCUCGGCCGGGGACCCUUGACCCGGGUUACCGACCGGAAGUGCUCCAGAAACCAAGGUGGGCGGGGCCGGGGCUGCAGGGGGUGUGGCCCGCUGCUGGAGCGGGAACACAGUGCAGGAAAGCGGGACGGCCGGUCCCUGGAGCUGGUCGCAGACCCUGGGACUAAGACCGUGGCAGUGAAACAGAUGGGAAUUAACCCCUCAACUGCUGGGACCCAGGAGCUGAGUCCGGGGGCAGAAGGCUCUCUGAGGGUGGGGGACACACUGUAUUUGGUCAACGGCCUCCACCCGCUAACCCUGCGCUGGGAAGAGGCCCGCACGUCUGAAUCCCAGCAAGACACUCCACCCGGCACCCCUCCGGUGGCCCCAGACGCUUCAGGGGACGUUGAACCACCGAAGAAGAAGCGGAUGCGGAAGUCAUCCUCCGGCUGGGAGAAUUUUGAGAAGCUGCUAGUGUUUACAGCACCUGGGGUGAAGCCCCGGGGCAAGGUGGCCGCCUUUGAUCUGGAUGGGACCCUCAUCACCACCCGCUCUGGGAAGGUCUUUCCCACUGGCCCCAGUGACUGGAGGAUCUUGUACCUAGAGAUUCCCCGUAAGCUCCGGGAACUGGAUGCAGAAGGCUACAAGCUGGUGAUCUUCACCAACCAGAUGGGCAUCGGGCGCGGGAAGCUGCCGGCAGAGGAGUUCAAGGCCAAGGUGGAGGCUGUGGUGGAGAAGCUGGGCCUUCCCUUUCAGGUGCUGGUGGCCACGCACGCCGGCUUGUACCGGAAGCCGGUGAUCGGCAUGUGGGACCAUCUGCGGGAGCAGGGCACCGACGGAGCCAAGCAUCUCCAGGGAGAUGUGGAAGCAGGCUCCUUACUGCCGUCACCUGUCCCUCCCCAGGCCAACGAGGGCGUGCCCAUCUCCGUCGGGGACAGUGUCUUUGUGGGAGACGCAGCCGGACGCCCAGCCAACUGGGCCCCGGGGCGGAAGAAGAAAGACUUCUCUUGUGCGGACCGUCUGUUUGCCCUCAACCUUGGCUUGCCCUUCGCCACGCCGGAGGAGUUCUUCCUGAAGUGGCCUGUCGCCAGCUUUGUGCUCCCCACCUUUGACCCGAGAACCGUCUCCCCCUCGGGGCCGCUCUACCUCCCUGAGGCCAGCUCCCUCUUGAGUCACAGCCCUGAAGUGGUGGUCGCCGUGGGAUUUCCUGGGGCUGGCAAGACCACCUUCCUGCAGGAGCAUCUCGUGUCGGCUGGCUACGUCCACGUGAACCGGGACACCCUGGGCUCAUGGCAGCGCUGCGUGACCACGUGCGAGACCGCUCUAAAGCAAAGGAAACGGGUUGUGAUCGACAACACAAACCCGGACCCUCCUACCCGGGCCAGGUACAUUAAGUGCGCCCGGGACGCAGGGGUCCCUUGCCGCUGCUUCCUUUUCGGCGCCACGCUGGAGCAGGCGCGCCACAACAACCGGUUCCGCGAGAUGACCGGCUCCUCUCACGCCCCCGUGUCCGACGUCGUCAUGUUUGGCUACAGAAAGCAGUUCGAGGCCCCGACGCUGGCGGAAGGCUUCUCGGCCAUCCUGGAAAUCCCGUUCCGGCUGAAUGUGGAGCCUCCCCUCGAGCGGCUGUACCGCCAGUUCUCAGAGGGCUGAGCUGCCCCCGCCCCCCAACCCCCAAUAAAUGGUUUUCCUUUAA